AUGGCGGACGAUAAGAACCAGACUCAUUAUUUCCUCGACGGCAACCCGGAAGAGCUUGAACGUCUCAGGCUCGGGCAAAGCGUAAUCAACGAUUAUGUAGGCAAACUCGUCUUUGCCCCGGUCGACUUUGACAGGAACGGGCUGCGUGUCUUGGAUUCAGCCACGGCUGAUAGUAUUUGGCUGCAAGACGUGCGAGGCUCUGUUCCUCAGCCAGCUCGCGACACACAUGAAUUUGUCGGUACAGACAUCACCGACAUCUACUUCCCCCGGCCACAACCGGAGGGUAUCAGUCUCUUCACCCAGUCUAUAACCCAGCCAUGGCCAAAAGAGUGGGUGGCAAGUUUUGACCUUGUACACCAGCGCAUGGCACUCCCAGCAGCAGGGAAGACCGCCGUCCAUGACACCUUGCGCGCGUUCGUUGGUCUCGUCAAACCGGGUGGUUGGUUGCAACUGGUGGAGCCGGACCAUUCUGUGUCCAAGGGCCCGGCCAUGGCAGACUUCUUCCGGCUCCUGUCCGAUGUCUUCGCCUUCAUGCAGACAGGAACAAACUAUGCGUCACAGUUGAAGACGUGGAUGAAAGAUGAAUUGGGCCUGCUGAAUGUGGAGGAGCACAUAUUUGAUGUUCCCAUAGGGAAGGCGAGUUCUAGUGACGAAAUGCGUUUAAAAAGUGCCAGGAUGAUCGAGUUGGUGGUGAAGGGGCUCGCAGAAGUUGCAAAGAGUACGUCUGAUUUCUCGUCACAAUAA